UGGGUGAGGGAGAGGUAUCCGGAUCGGUGCGUUUACAAUUUCUUUGUAUUGAGUGUUUACGUACCUUGCCUUAUCUUAUCUUACCUAUUCCGAUUUCGAUUUCGGGACGGGACAUAUACCUCAUGUACUAACCCCGAAGGAUGAAACUCAAUCCGGAAGUCCUCCAACUCAAUAUCAUCGAGAUUGAGGAUGAUAACGGGGAAUAUGCAAACACGUGGCUGUUGUUUCAGGUUGAUCCGGAAGAGUAUAUAGGAAGAAAGGUCUUGGUGGUGCCGAGGUGUUGUCAGAGGAGAAAGGGGUCGCAGGAUCGGUGGAGGGUGAAUGCGAUGGUGUAUCAGCGGGAAAGGGGGGAGGAGAGGUUGUUGGGGUGGGAGGAGUUUGGGAGGUUGGUGCUAGCUUGGGAGAAGGAAAAGGAAGAAAGAGGGGAGGGGGAGGGAGAAGGAAAAUGAAGGGAGGCAGAAAGGGGAGGAAGAGUAUGAAACGGUAUUUACUGGUUUACUUAAUGUAAGAGAGCAGAUGUAGGUGUAUAGCACCUAGGCUGAGGUGGUGUAUAUAUGGUAUUGAUU